CGAGCUUUCUACUCGAACUUGAAAAAGGAUGAGGACGGAGCGUUGAUCUCUAACGUCAACGGGGUGGACAUCUAUUUGAAUGAGGAGAACAUUCAAAUCCUCACCGGGCUUCGUCGGGAUGGACAGGAUCUCGGGCUCUACGUUGGAGAAGAAGGAGCACGGUUCAACGAGACCGCUCUCUUGGAGGAAGUGGGCAUCCGACACUUCGUCCCCACUCCCCAACAGCGGCGCCCUACGAUUGCUUCCAUGAGCCCCGUGUUUCGAUUCAUUUUUUAUGUUUUGACACAGAUUAUCAAGCCCAGGAAGUUCAAUCACACCACUCUCUCCCAAGAGGACACGAAGAUAAUUCAUGCGAUGAUUCACAACGCCAAUCUCAAUUGGUGUAAAUUUGUGAUGACUCACAUGUUCACCACCACCUCCGACAAUCGGCCGCUCCCCUACGCCCUCCUCGUCAUGGCGAUUCUUGAAGAGUAUAACAUCAAAACCGAUGUUGGGCCAAAGAUAAAGGGGACAAAGCAUUGGGAGAUUGAUGAAUCCUCUUUCCACUCGAGCACCGACGAGACUCCGUUUCGACAGCAUCGUCCACGCCGCCAACUAAGAGCCACUGCCUCAACCGCCACCACUUCGACCAAUCCUUCUCUCGCCGAGCAAAUGGCAGCCUUGACCGCCACUCUCUCUCAGAUUGACACCAACGUCUCUAAAACGGCACACAACGUCAAUACCUUAAGCCGUGAACUUCACGGGUAUUUUGACUUUGUCAAUUACCCGUACGCUCAAAUGUUCCCCUACGUUCCUCCACCGAAUUUCGGAGGUAAACAAAGUGGGACUCAAAACGUUGGUAGAGAUGAAGAGGUGGACGAUGAGGAAGAGGUAGAAGAAGCCGAUGAUGAUGAUGAUGAUGAUGAUGGCAAUGGUGAUGAAAAUGAAGAAGAAGAAGAAGACAUUGACGAAGACCAACUUCUCAAUGAUCUUUCACCGGACUUCUAGAGCUCUAGCUCUAUUCCCUUCUCUUCUUUAUUCUUUUUAUGCUUUUUAAAUUUGCUUCUGUCAUGUACUCCGCUAUUUCCCUUAAUUAAUAAAAAUCUUUAUGGUUU